AUGUCCGUCCCUGCCAGCAGAUCUCCUAGCCCUGAGCAAAGGGGCACAGCCAUGAAGGAGCAGCAGCUGACGGUGGCUCUACGUAUUCGUCCGAUCAAUGAAGCUGAGUUGGAGGAAGGUGCCUCUAUCAUAGCCCACAGAGUGGGGGACCAGAUGGUUGUUCUGAUGGACCCAAGUGAAGAUCCAGAUGAUAUCUUGAGAGCUAAUAGAUCCCGAGAGAAGACCUUUAUAUUUGAUAUGGUUUUUGAUCAAAAAGCUACCCAGGAGGAAGUAUAUGUGUCCACCACCAAGAGCCUGGUAGAAGGAGUCAUUUCUGGAUACAAUGCAACUGUUUUUGCAUAUGGCCCCACAGGGGCAGGGAAGACGUACACUAUGUUAGGGAUGGACUGUGAACCGGGGAUCUACAUCCGCACUCUGAAUGACCUCUUUAGGGCCCUGGAGGCAACCAGUGACAACAUGGAUUACAUCGUCUCGAUGUCAUACCUAGAGAUUUAUAAUGAAGUGAUCCGUGACCUCCUGAAUCCAUCCUCUGGAUUUUUAGACCUGAGAGAGGACUCCAGGGGUAGUAUCCAGAUAGCAGGAAUAACUGAAGUCUCCACUACAAAUGCACAGGAGAUCAUGCAGCUGUUGACAAAAGGAAACAAGGAACGCACUCAGGAACCCACUGCUGCCAAUGAGACAUCUUCCCGCUCACACGCUGUCCUGCAGGUGACAGUGAAACGGAUGAGUCGGGUGAAGGAUAUUACCGAAGAAGUGCGAGUGGGAAGGCUUUUCAUGGUCGACUUGGCAGGGUCUGAGAGAGCUGCUCAGACCCAGAACCGAGGCAAGAGAAUGAAGGAAGGAGCCCAUAUCAACCGCUCGCUGCUAGCUCUAGGAAAUUGCAUCAAUGCCUUGAGUGAGAAGGGUGGGAGUCGAGGCCAAUAUGUCAAUUUUCGAGAUAGCAAGCUCACCCGCUUGUUGAAGGACUCACUGGGGGGGAACAGCAGGACAGUUAUGAUCGCCCACAUCAGCCCUGCUAGUAUGUACUUUGAAGAAUCUCGUACAACCCUGAUCUAUGCGUAUCGAGCGAAGAACAUCAAGACAAGGGUGAAACGCAACCUGCUGAAUGUUUCCUACCACAUUGCUCAGUACACCAGCAUCAUCUCAGAUCUACGCCGGGAGAUCGAGCGCCUGAAAGCAAAGAUUGAAAAUCAGGAGAAGGAGAAGAGCAUGGUCAGCUCUGAUAUUGGGGAUGCUCAAGCGGAGAUGCAUGAGGAUCCAGAAGCGUACAGCCGGCAAGAGAUGAACAAGUUGCGGGAGCAGCUGAUCAGAGCUUUCAAGGAGCAGCUGGAGAUGCGCCGCAGCCUCAUAGAGCUGGAGAACACCAACAUUGAGCUGCACAUUGAUACCUCCAGGCAUCUGCUUACGAUUACAGACUGGGAACGAGAGAAGACCCAACAUGCUCGCAGGUGCCAUAACAAGUCAGUGAAUGAGAAGGAAGAUGAAACCAUGGAUGAGGAGGAUAGAGAAGUGGAGGGCACAGAUUCACCUGAACCUCAUGAAGUCAUGGUGGCAAGAGAGGAGAUCAACAUGCUGUUGGCAGAGCAACGCAAAACAGCAGCCCUAAAGGCAGAGCUGGAGAAGCGGUUAGCCAAUGCCAAGAAGAAGGCCUCCCAGAUGGAGAAGCUGCUCCCCAGGCAAAUCACCAGCAAGGACCAGCAGGAGGUGCUGAGGCUGCUGUGUAGGGCUCACGAGCUGGAGGUGGGCAACACGGAGCUGCAAGCCAGCGCCUUGUACAAGGAGAACCUGCUGUGCCAGAAGGACUUUGUGAUCCAGCGGCUGCAGCAGCACAGGCUGCUCUGUGAGGAAAUCAUUCAGCAGCAGCAAACGCUGAUUCAAGACCAUAACAUCCCUGUCCCAGGGACCCUGGGGAAACUGCAUCAUCUGUACUUUCAUGAGUUAGAGGAGGGGACUCUGAACCGCCUUCUCCUGCUUCAUUCAUUGAUGUCCGCCACGCUCAGGGAUGGCUCCACUCCAGACAUAGCUCAGCAGCUGGACCUAAGUAAGGAGGAGGCCAGGAAAGAGCUUGCUGACAGCAGGAAGGGUCUUCCUUGGGGAGCAAAGUUUGAGCUCCCAUCCAUCGUCUUGGAGUCAGACAGUGACAGCUACCGCUCAUCUAAAACGACACCUGCCAGGAAACUGGGGAAUCCAGAUAUCCUUCUCAGUCCUACUUUCGCUCGCUUGCCAAGAAGCCCAGGUCACCAGAAAUCAACUGGUGUUGCUGCUGGAAAGAAGAUUCCCAAAUUAAAUUCUCCCACCUCCCUGGACUUAACCAGGAAGAAGUCAGCUGUGGACAUCAUGACUUCUCCACUGAGCCCAGAGGCUUUGAAAGAGAUUGCAGUUAGCACCAAAAGCAUCUCCCUCAUUGCAGCCCGCCGGCGUUGCAGGGCCCAGACCAGAGACCAUGGGAGUGAACCCAUCUCAGCCCACUUUUUUGAGGAUGACAUGGUGGAGCCAAAAUAUCUGCAGGCCAGCUCCACUCCAGAGCCUCGUGUGAAAGGCAGAGGGAGCUUUGGGAGCCUCCCAGAAGAGCCUCAGAGGGAAGAACGGCUGCACCCCAAAACCAGGAGAGAGUUGAGAAAGGAAAGAGAUCGGGAAAAAUCAGCAGAGAGGAAAGCCAGGAAGAAAAGAUCUCGUUCUCUUGAACACAGCUCCCAAAGGGUGUCAAAAGCAAAACAUCGGACCCCUUCAAGUCCCAACAUGGACAACGUCUCUGAGAACCAGCUGCCCAGAGCUAAACUCUCCUUGGAGUCAAAGGGCAGAGGCACCCUGUCCCCUGCCACGCAAGCUCUUGCCAAGGUCAAAUUCCCCAUUGGCCACCAGGCAGAAACUGCACUGCAGGUGCUGGUGAUAAGCAAUACCCCACCCAGCACUGUCCAGCAAAGCAAUGCAGGUCUGACUCGAGGGCAGGUCCUACAAAAGCAAGUCAAAGGGCCUGCAGAUGGUGCCAGCAGCCAGCAGAAGAAGCAGUCAGCCAAAGGCACGAAGAACCUGCCAAAGUCAAAAUAGUCAUGGGCGAAGGUGGGAGACUGCGAGUCUGUCUGCCUCCAGGUGACCAGGGCUUACAGGGGUGUUAGGAGUAUGUGCAUGAGGGAGCCAGUGUCUUGAGAGAUGUUUUAGCCAGUUUGCUAUGAGGCUGGGGAGAAGGAAAGGGCUGCAUAUUGUCUGGUGUUUUCCCCUUCAGAAGUUUUUGCUUUACCAAGCUCCAGUUGCUUCUUGCCUUUAAGACAGAUUGGGGGUUGCUUUGCUGACUGUUAAUGUUCAAAGGAACAGGCAGCUCCACUUUUUCUCUGUCCAGAAGAUGGCAGACGGGAGUCUCUGUCAUCUGGUUGUCUGCACUCCAGCACAGAAGAACCCUAAAUUGCCAGGGCGAAGGUGUGGAGAUCAUGCAAGGGGCAAUUUAAUUAUUAAGAACAAACUCCUUUAAAAUACCUCCCCUACUUUCCUGAUGUUUAUGCAUAUCACAGUGGAGCUGGAAAAGGUGAUGCAUGUCUGGCAUGAAGCUUGGUUGAGCAGAUGUUUGGCACCGGGAACAAGCCAGGAGUAUUUUAAGUACUUUGCCAUGUGCUGAACAGUUCAGAUCUUCCAGGAGAGGUGCAGUGAUCAAGACAGGCUGUGUUUUGAGCCUGGGGGGGAGGUGAGCUAGGGGAACAUGCUUUCCUUCCAGCAGUUUUUCCUGUGUUCCCUUGGAGGAACAGGCAUGUUAUAAAUAA